AUGUAUCGGCUGAAACUGAUAUGCAGACGAUUUAACGAUGUAUUGGAAAAUAAUGCGAAGACAUUACCACGAUAUCAAGUUUCUGGACUUCGGAUUCGGUCAAAAAAUGUGGGACCGUUGGGCGACUUUACAAUCGUUUAUCGCUAUGGUACAGGUGCUUUCGAACCUCCAUGUGCUUGUUUGGAUUUAACUGAUAUGCCAUCGUUUUUGAGGCAUGACAUAAUAAAUGGUUUUAUACACGUAGAUAAAAUGGAUCUUACGGAUGGGCUCUUCAUAGCAUUGAAUGAAUUGACUUAUGGUGAAAAUGUGCAAAAAAUAAUUUUUUCGAAAAUUCUCUCGGUCAGUCUUACUCCUGAAAAUGGAAUCUGCACAUUUUUGGAUAAAUUUCCCGGAUUGUUGGAUCUGUGGUUCUUCGGCUUUUAUGAGGAGCAUGAACUCGGUCUUAAUCAUAGUCAAAUAGUGAAGCAAAUGUACAGAAGUAAACAUGGCAAUGGAAUAUUUACGGCAAAAGAAAUAGAGAAAAUGAUGGGACAGUUGCAAUAUAGAAGAAAAAAACGAAAGAAGCGAUCUGAGAUGAGAGCAGCAAUUCGGAAAAAAACAGUAAUUCGAAGUAAUAUGUCAGCUCAAAGUAAAAGUGGAGCAGCAAGAAGUAAAACUUCUAAAGGAAAGAGUGUUUGA